UGUAAUCAUAAAAAAUUGUGACAGAAAAUUAAUUUAAAAAAAUUUUAAGUAAAAAUUCGAUUAAAAAAGUGGGAAGGAAAGAACAUGAGAGGGAAAAUCAAACUCUUGUGACCUUGAUCUUAAUCUCAAUAUUACGUUACCGUCCAUCUUACGGCAUCAUAUAAAUUAAAACUAAUUUACUUGAGAAUUCUAUAUAUAUCAUUGAAUAAACCUGAAUUUUUCCGAGUUUUCCUAUGGCAGAAUAAUAUUCUGGUAUGAGGAGAGAAAAGAACACAAGAGGGAAAACUAAAAUUUUGUGAUCUUGAUCUUUAUCUCAAUAUUACGUCACCGCCCAUCUUACGGCAUCAAAUAAAUUACAAGCAAUUAACUUAUUAAUUAAAUAUAUCGUGUUCCUUAUUCGAAAAGUACUUAAAUUUAGUCACUAAAUUCAAAACCAUAAAGGCGGCCAAUUUUUUUUUAAUUUUUAGUUACAAAGCGAUUGACAAUAAAAAAAAAUUACCUUUUUGGCUAUAGAUUGUUUUCUACAACCAAAAGGGCGUAUAAAAAUAUGUCCUUUUGGAAUUACUGACGCGUUAUAUAUAAUUGAAUUAAUCCUUAAUUAAAUUUUUACUUAAUUUUCGCAGCGAUUGGCUAUUGUUUAUAUUUUCUGAUAAAUAAAUAAUUAGUAUUUUAAAAUUUUUGUUAUUUAAAUUCUCAGUUAUUUAAAUAAAAUGUAUAAAAAUUCAAAAAAACCAUGUUACCCCGAGUACUCAACCGGAAAUGGAACAGCGGUAGCUGAAGCGAUUGGUAAUUGGGGAUUUUCAAAUGGCAGAACUAUUGAAGGCGGAAUUAGUCGUUUGAAAAAAAUAUUCAAUGAAAUGGAUAAAUUGAAAACAAAUAAAGCAAACAUGCAGGUAGUCUACAGUAGAAGAAAUGAUCCAGAGGCUUGGCUGUACCCUCCAAGUCCUGCUGAAUGCAAACCGUCUUGGAAUUUUCCGGAAAAGCGACCGCUAAUUACUUUUAAUUCAUCUGUUGAUAUAAUCUAUGUGUCCAGUAUGGCAUCAGUUAAAAAUGAACUUGCAAAUCCCGCUCCUGGACGGGAAUACCGCGCUCAAGGAUCUUCCAAAUGGUUCAAAGUUGAACCCAUGGGUUCUUGUUACCAGCCAAGAUGCUGCGCACCUCAACACUCUUGUACUCGACCUUAUUAA